AUAUUAUUCUGUCUGCUGUCAACUUCCAAUAAGCGAUACUUAAAUCCACAUUUUAACUAAACAAUUUAAAUAUUAAAAUUUAUUGGAAAUCCAUCCACGAAUUGCUGACGUGCUGAACACAUACACCAAAUAGGCCAUGAAACAUUUUCUUGUUCCCCUUUUACAAUCGGAUCAAUCUGUUAUUGAAUCUGUUACUUCCAAAAAAAUUCGUAAAUCUUCUGCUUCAAUAUGUGUCAUUGAUUGUGAUGUUCAAAACAAUAUUUUUGAUAUUAGUCAAAACGUUGAAAAAGGGCCAAAUCAACCCAACAUUACGUUUCCAAGACGAAACAUCGGCGGAAAACAGAGAUCAUUUAAUAUUUCGUGGUAUUCAAAAUACGAAUGGCUAGAAUAUUCGAAAAUGAGAGAUUCAUUAAAUAAAAUCAUAAUUUUACUGUAUUUUCUUUUGUGGUUAAGUUUAUGGGCCUGCCCAAAAAAAUAUUCCUGGAUCCGCGCCUGCUAUAAAAUAUGCUCUGUAAAUUGAAAAAUGUAAUCCUGUUUCUUUACCAACACAAGUGAUCUUGUGAAAAGAUAAAUUAUAUUCA